AAAUCUUUGGUUUUUAAGUCACUAAACUUGUUAAUGUACGAACCCGAUUAAUUAUAGGCGAGCAUAACGAGAAGGGUAUCUCUUCAUUGUUCCCACCAUGGAAAGUGUUGUUUAAACUUUCCAUUUCCAGCUUCUUUCCAGUUCAUUUCUUAAAUGAUUUUUAUGGGAAAUAAGAAAAGGGUUUCUGGGGUUCUUUUUCAUUCCUAGAGAUCACCAUCAGAUCAGUUGGGAACUGAAGUUUUCAGGAUUUUUGACAUGAUUUGGCCCCUAUGCUUAUCAAAUCCGAUAACUGAAAACAACUGCAACAACAUUUGGAAGAAAACCAUGGGGUUUGACACAUCAAGAUCUGUAAGAUUUCAAGAUGAUCUUGAAUUAGCAAAGCUCCCAACAAUCAAUGGAGAUGGUAUGAUAAAGCUGAAAUACCAUAUCAACGGAAAGCAAAAAUCAGAGUCUAGCACCAGGAGGGCUGAGAAGGAGUUGCCUAGUUGUAGGAGAGGAAGAUCCUUUAAAGCUAAAGUACUGUCAAGAGUUUUCUCUGAGGACUUUGAGAGAGUGAAGAAGAAGAUUUUGGAUCCUCGAGGACCUAUCAUUCGCCGAUGGAGCAAGAUUUUUCUAGUAGCAUGCUUAGUUUCUUUGUUUGUGGAUCCUCUCUUCUUUUAUUUGCCAAUAGUUUCGAAGGCAGUCUGCAUAGAUAUAGGAAUACCGCUGGAAGUUAUCCUGACCAUCGUUAGAUCAUUAGCUGAUGCCUUCUACAUAAUUCAGAUUUUCAUUCGUUUUCGGACGGCUUAUGUUGCACCUCCUUCUCGUGUAUUUGGGAGAGGAGAGCUUGUUAUAGAUUCCAGAAAGAUUGCUUCCAGGUACCUGCAGAAGAGUUUCUGGAUAGAUUUAAUUGCUGCCCUUCCCCUUCCUCAGGUUUUGAUUUGGAUAGUCAUUCCCAAUCUUAAGGGUUCAACAAUGACAAACACCAAGGACGUGCUUCGGUUCAUAAUCAUUUUUCAGUACCUUCCAAGACUUUUUCUUAUAUUUCCACUCUCAUCACAAAUUGUCAAAGCCACUGGUGUCGUGACAGAAACAGCAUGGGCAGGCGCUGCCUACAACCUGAUGCUCUACAUGCUGGCAAGCCAUGUUUUAGGAGCUUGCUGGUACCUUCUUUCCAUAGAGCGGCAAGAAGCCUGCUGGAGGAGUGCCUGUGAUCUUGAGGAUUCAUCCUGUCAGUAUAAAUAUUUGGAUUGCCACAGGGUUAAAGACCCCGGCAGGGAUACCUGGUUCAGGUCCAGCAAUAUUUCUUCCCUAUGCAGUCCAACGUCUUCCUAUCAAUUUGGUAUAUAUGGUGAUGCAUUGACAUAUGAUGUCACAGCCUCACCAUUCUUCAACAAGUACUUUUACUGCCUUUGGUGGGGUUUAAGGAACUUGAGUUCUUUGGGACAAAAUCUUGAAACAAGCACUUAUGUUGGAGAAAUAAUGUUUGCCAUCAUAAUUGCAACUCUUGGGCUGGUUCUCUUCGCACUGCUCAUUGGGAAUAUGCAAACAUACCUUCAAUCCACCACGGUUAGGUUGGAAGAAUGGAGAAUCAAGAGAACUGAUACAGAACAAUGGAUGCGUCACAGGCAGCUUCCUCCUGAGUUAAGGCAAUCUGUAAGAAAAUAUGAUCAGUAUAAGUGGCUUGCUACAAGAGGAGUUGACGAAGAAACUCUACUCAAAGGGCUUCCCUUGGACCUCAGGAGAGACAUCAAACGCCACCUCUGUCUUGACCUUGUCCGACGAGUACCGUUGUUUGAUCAAAUGGAUGAAAGGAUGCUUGAUGCAAUCUGUGAGAGGCUAAAGCCUGCCUUGUGCACCCAAGGCACAUUCCUAGUCCGUGAAGGUGAUCCCGUCAACGAGAUGCUCUUCAUAAUCCGAGGCCACCUAGACUCUUACACUACCAAUGGCGGCCGUACUGGAUUCUUCAACUCUUGCAGAAUUGGCCCUGGAGACUUCUGCGGCGAGGAACUGCUAACCUGGGCCUUGGAUCCUCGUCCCAGUGUCAUUCUCCCAUCUUCAACUCGCACUGUCAAAGCAAUAUCAGAAGUAGAGGCCUUCGCUCUUAGAGCAGAAGAUCUCAAGUUCGUGGCAUCACAGUUUAGAAGACUGCACAGUAAACAACUUAGACACAAAUUCAGGUUCUACUCACACCAGUGGAGAACAUGGGCUGCCUGUUUCAUACAAGCAGCAUGGCGUCGGUUUAAGAAACGAAGAGAAGCAGCUGAUCUUAGAGCUAAAGAGAACCUCAUGGCUCCUGCUGAACCUGCACCAGCAACGUCCGCACCUGGUUCAGGCUUGGCUAUGUAUGCAGCCAGGCUAGCAGCAAGCAAUAGGAGAGGUGUUAAUUUGCAUUCCGGAUCUGAUUCUGGUGUUGUCAGCUCCUUGCAGAAACCAGCAGAGCCAGAUUUUUCUGUCGACGAGGAAUGAAUUAUAACACUCCCCAAAUCGGGGGGAUCUAGUCAUGUGUAGGUAUCACCGAAGAAAAUGCCUGUAAAUUUUGUUUGUUUUCUUUUCCUAGUCUGUAAACAGAAAAAUGGACUCUGAAAUUCUUGUUUCAAAGUAUUUAUCUAUAUAGAAUACAGGGUGGAAAUUCUUUACACAAGUUUCGCAAA